AUGGAACACCGCAUCGUGGGGCCCGGCCCGUACCGAGCCACCAAGCUGUGGAAUGAAACAGUUGAGCUUUUUCGUGCUAGGAUGCCCUUACGGAAACAUCGCUGUCGUUUCAAAAGUUAUGAACGUUGUUUCACGGCUGCCGAAGCUGUGGAUUGGCUGCAUGAGCUGUUGAGGUGCAGUCAGAACUUUGGCCCAGAAGUAACCCGCAAACAAACGGUUCAGCUGCUGAAAAAAUUUCUCAAGAAUCAUGUUAUUGAAGACAUCAAGGGAAAAUGGGGUCAGGAAGAUUUUGAAGACAAUCGUCACUUGUACAGAUUUCCUCCUUCCUCACCCCUGAAACCAUAUCCAAAGAAGCCUACAUGCCAAAAGGAUGUUAUUAAAUUUCCAGAGUGGAAUGACCCCCCACCAAGCACUUCACAAGAGAACAUCCCAGUGAGGCCAGUUGUGAUGAACUCUGAAAUGUGGUUCAAGCGUCACAGUAUUGCCAUUGGAGAGGUGCCAGCUUGCCGUCUCGUCUACCGCAGACAGCUGACAGAGGCCAACAUAGAAGAGAUAUGGAAGUCUAUGACAUUAGCAUAUUUACAGAAAGUCCUUGGCCUGGAUUCUUUGGAAGAAGUCUUAGACAUUAAACUGGUUAACUCCAAGUUCAUCAUCCAUAAUGUGUAUAGUGUGAGCAAGCAGGGAGUUGUCAUCCUUGAUGACAAGUCAAAAGAGCUUCCUCAUUGGGUACUGUCAGCUAUGAAGUGUUUGGCAAAUUGGCCUAAUUGUUCAGAUUUGAAGCAGCCUAUGUAUUUAGGAUUUGAAAAAGAUGUCUUUAAAACCAUAGCAGAUUACUAUGGUCACUUGAAAGAGCCUCUACUUACAUUUCAUCUUUUUGAUGCCUUUGUCAGUGUAUUAGGUUUGUUACAGAAAGAGAAAAUGGCUAUUGAAGCAUUUCAGGUUUGCUGCCUUCUCCUGCCACCUGAAAAUAGAAGAAAGUUACAGCUCUUGAUGAGGAUGAUGGCAAGGAUCUGCCUAAAUAAGGAGAUGCCACCCCUAUGUGAUGGCUUUGGGACCCGAACACUGAUGGUUCAGACAUUUUCCCGUUGCAUCUUGUGUUCCAAGGAUGAAGUAGAUUUGGAUGAGUUAUUAGCUGCUAGGUUGGUGACAUUUCUGAUGGACAAUUACCAAGAGAUUCUGAAAGUCCCUUCGGCCUUGCAGACCUCCAUAGAGGAGCGUGUGGCUCAUCUACGAAGGGUCCAGAUAAAAUACCCAGGAGCUGAUAUGGAUAUCACUUUAUCUGCCCCGUCAUUUUGCCGUCAGAUCAGUCCAGAGGAAUUUGAAUACCAGAGAGCAUAUGGCUCUCAGGAACCUCUGGCAGCUUUGUUGGAGGAAGUCAUAACAGAUGCAAAACUCUCCAGCAAAGAGAAGAAGAAAAAAUUGAAGCAGUUUCAAAAAUCCUAUCCCGCAGUCUACCAAGAGCGAUUUCCUACACCAGAAAGUGAAGCACUUCUGUUUCCUGAGAAACCGAAACCGAAACCGAAACCACAGCUGCUAAUGUGGGCACUAAAAAACCCUUUCCAACCAUUUCAAAGAACUAGAAGUUUUCGGAUGUAGUAAUUCCAUAGCUGUUAGAGAGCUCUGUUGUUGCCUUGAGCAAAUGGGUGGUUAGAGAAGGACUAUGGUGGUGGAAGAAGGAAGAGCAGACAAUAGAGACUACUGAAAUCUAAAGUGACUGGACUUCCAAAAAUUUUGAGCCAUUAUCAGUAUUUUUGUAAAACUCAGUGCUAUUUUUAAAGUGUAAAAAUCAGUUAAAAUUUAGACAAAUAUACAGUGGUAAUGUUAAUGUGUUUGUAAUUGUUACAAAAGUUAAGGAUUUUUAUUUUUUUAUUUGUUGUUUUUCAUGGUGUUAAUAAAAUAAUUAUGUGUACAUUUAGUUACUGAUGUCUUUGUUAUAACCAAGCCUUAAAAAUAGUGUAUAUACUUGAGUAAGAAAGACCGUGGGGUACUGUUACUGUGAUGCUGUUGAUAUCAUAGCUUAAUAGUUCUGAUUUCUCUUUUGUAAAAAUCUCAUUUUCAAUGUUGCACCAAGAUUCUUAAUGUCCAGUAUUAUGAUGGCUGUGUCUUUCAUUGAGGAUUCAUUGGAUGUUAUGGCAGAUAUAACUAAAGCUGGUUCUUUAAUAACAUAUAUAUUAGGUGGUGUUUACCUCUAGGUGGAGAAGAUGUUCAUUUUCCUGCAGUGGUAUAAUUUCAGUCUUGGCUGAAAAUGGAGAAUUGAACUGAAUAAACUUUUUUGGUCCUGCUUAUACCAGUGAUUGUAAGUCAGAUCUCUGUUAUUUCAUGGAAAACACAAAUGGAUUAAGUAAAGUGAGACUACUUCCUUUAUAUUUCCCCCAACUCCC